UGUCCCGGAUUCCCGCCCACCCAUUGGCCUGCGCUCCGUGACGUCACGCGAUCUGGCUGCUCUUUUAAAAAGUCGGCGGGAAUCGCUCGCUGUAUUUCUUCAGUUGUGCCGAGGCGAGCGUUCCUGUCCGGCGUUCCUCCGCAGAAACCGCGCGAUGGUGCGAACUAAAGCUGAUAGCGUCCCCGGCGCUUACAGGAAAGCUGUUGCCGCUUCUGCGCCCCGGAAAUCCCUCGGCGCUUCCGGAUCCGUGAACGCGCACAGCAGCGGCGCGCAGUCGGGCACGCCUGCUAAGAGUAAAUACGCGGGCGGGAACCCUGUGUGUCCGCGGCCCACGCCGCCGUGGCAGAAGGGCAUCGGGGACUUCUUCGGCGGCCCCAGCAGAAAACCAGAGAAGGAGAACCUUCAUCCCGCGUCUGAUGAUGAGGAGGAGGAGGCAGGCGGCAGCGGCGUCGCUAAAGCACCCAGGAAGUCCAGACCCAUCAUUGAUGACGAGGAGGAGGAUUAGCUUCAUCGUGCUUCAAUGACUCCUGACCAUUUUUAGUGUAAAUCUUUGUAAAUACUUUUAAUAGGAGGUUUCCUUCAUUUUGUACAGGUUUAAUAAAGUGAUUUUUUUCCAGA